AACAAGAAGAACUAAAUGAAGAACAAAUCAAAAUUAAAAAUAAAUUUUUAAUUCCACAAAAGCAUUCAAAUGCUGAACCUAUUAUUAGGCAAUCUUUUAGAGAACCUGAUAAUAUUGAUAAUACUGAUGCAUUAUUU